GUGAUGGAUUUCACCGUGACCCCCGCUGAGAAUUCCAGUGAUGAGUUUAACUCAUCUCAACAUUUAAAUGCAGACACUGACGAACAGUAUCACAAUGUUCUCAUGCCAAGCAUUUAUGGAGUCAUCUGCUUCGUCGGUAUAAUAGGCAACUGCAUCGUCAUCUACACCAUCGUCAAAAAAAAUAAAUUCAGAGCGCAGCAGACGGUGCCUGACAUCUUCAUCUUCAGCCUAUCUAUCGCAGAUCUUCUGUUUCUCCUAGGCAUGCCGUUCCUCAUCCACCAGCUGGUUGGAAACGGUUCGUGGUGUUUCGGUGCCACCAUGUGCACUGUUAUCACGGCGCUGGACUCCAACAGUCAGAUCGUGAGCACCUACAUUUUAACGGUCAUGACUUUGGAUCGAUACUUGGCGACGGUUCAUCCCAUCCGCUUCAACCACAUACGCACUCCAUGCGUGGCUGUGGCAGUCGUGGGCCUGGUGUGGAUCCUCUCGCUGCUGUCCAUCACACCGGUGUGGAUGUACGCUGGCCUCAUGCCCCUACGGGAUGGAUCGGUGGGAUGUGCUCUGCUCCUUCCCAAUCCGGCUACAGAUAUGUACUGGUUUACUCUCUACCAGUUUGUGUUGGCGUUCGCUUUGCCAUUGGUGAUCAUUUGCGUGGUGUUUUUCAAGAUUCUCCAGAACAUGGCCGCCACGGUGGCUCCACUUCCCCAGCACAGCCUUCGCGUGCGCACUAGAAAGGUCACUCGGAUGGCCGUCGCCAUAUGCCUGGCGUUCUUCAUUUGCUGGGCGCCUCAUUACAUCUUGCAGUUAGCACAUCUGAGUGUGCAGCGGCCCAGUUACGCCUUCCUGUAUGCCUAUAAUGUCGCCAUUAGCAUGGGAUACGCCAACAGCUGCAUCAACCCACUGCUCUACAUCAUGCUGAGCGAAACUUUCAAAAGACAAUUCAUCGUAGCCAUCCGUCCAGCGCACAAAGAUUUCCGGGUUGAUCCGGCCGACGGGAGUGUCAGUCUCCGUCUGGUCCCUGACGGAGCACAGCAGUCUCAGUCCUCCCGCGAGCUGCUGCCGGUUACCGUGGCUGUGCAUUGAAACGGCACUGACUCAUGCUCAACUAAUUUUUGUGUCUAUAAUAGGCAUGCAGGUGAAAAUAAGUCAUGAAGGGUCUUACAGAAUUGCUCAUUAACAGUUCGUGGUUUGAAAUGGAUCUGUGAUGAGACACAUUUUCCUUGGCAUAUUUCUGUGUGGUGAAAGAGAUAUGAAGUAGGCCUAUACACAACAUUUUUACACGGCAGUGAUUCAAUACCUUGCAGUAGCAUU